AUGAAGUAUUUCAUUUAUUUCCUUGUGUUGACGAACGUGCCUUCACACUGUGAUAAAAGUGCUAAUAGAAGACCGUUUUAUGUAAUAGGACAUAUGGUUAAUUCCAUUGAUGAAGUAACGUAUUUCUUGAGCAGUGGUGCUAAUGUUUUAGAAUUGGAUGUAGCAUUUUUUAACAACGGUUCAAUACAUCAAGUGUUUCAUGGAGUGCCAUGUGAUUGCAUGAGAUCUUGCACACAGAAAUCUGAUUUUUCAAAUUAUCUGCAAUUUGUUCGCUCUAUCACGACACCUAGCGUCGGCAAAUAUUUCAACCAAUUAACUCUUUUGUAUUUUGACCUGAAACUGGCUAACGUUUACGAUAAAUUUGAAGCUGGCCAGCAAUUAGCUCAACAUAUUUAUGAAGAUCUGUGGGAAACCGAUAGUAAGAACAUGAUGAAAGUUGUUGUAAGCAUCAACAGCAUUUAUAAUCAAGACGUCAUUAGAGGUUUUCUUCAGCGGUUUCGAGAAUUAAAUCUGACUACUCUGUUGAACGAUUAUGUUGCUUUCGAUGGAGGAAUAAGCGACUUAAGCCUAAUCGAAGAAAUGUGGGAAAGACAUGGACUGAAAAACAGCAAUAUUUGGCAAGGAGAUGGCACCACUAAUUGUUUUAGUCAAUUGUAUCCUGACACACGUCUGCAACAAGCACUUAAUGCUAGAGAUUCAAACAGCAGUUCAUUCGAUAAAGUAUACCAUUGGACAAUAGACAGCAAACAGCGCAUGCGCUCAUCUCUCGAUAUGGCAGUUGAUGGAAUUAUAACUAAUGCACCUGCAGUUUUAAAAGAUAUUAUAGAAAACGAAGAUCCCUAUACGCAACAAUUUAGUUUAGCAACUAUUCAAGAAAACCCUUUUCAGAAAUUCUUUUCUGAUACAUCUUCAGCUUCACUUAAAUGUUCAUAAAUAUCUAAUUCAAAAAUUUAUACGCUAUUGGUACAUACAUUCUUAGAAGCUACUGUAUUAGGUUUGCUCAACAGAUAAUUCACAAAGGCUAUUAGAAGAUUAAACAACUGUUUUAGAACCAUUUUUCUCGCUAAUUUACACUAAAAUUGGCUUUUAUAAUUUUUAUUUAAUGAAAAAGAUUAGAGUAAAAAGUGAGACUUCAGUAGGCUUAUGUACAUAGCUUACAAAAAAUGACCCCUAAUUUUAUUUCUGUUGUCAGCUGCUACAAAGACUUCAAGUUUGGAUCAUACUUUCAAAGUAAAUACUAAAAUGUUCUCAACAACAUAACACUUAAAACUCAUUUUCUAGAAAACGAAGAUCCCUAUACGCAACAAUUUAGUUUAGCAACUAUUCAAGACAACCCUUUUCAGAAAUUCUUUUCUGAUACAUCUUCAGCUUCACUUAAAUAUUCAUAAAUAUCUAAUUCAAAAAUUUAUACGCUAAUGGUACAUACAUUCUUAGAAGCUACUGUAUUAGGUUUGCUCAACAGAUAAUUCACAAAGGCUAUUAGAAGAUUAAACAAUCGUUUUAGAACCAUUUUUCUCGCUAAUUUACACUAAAAUUGGCUUUUAUAAUUUUUAUUUAAUGAAAAAGAUGAGUAAAAAGUGAGACUUCAGUAGGCUUAUGUACAUAGCUUACAAAAAAUGACCCCCAAUUUUAUUUCUGUUGUCAGCUGCUACAAAGACUUCAAGUUUCGAUCAUACUUUCAAAGUAAAUACUAAAAUGUUCUCAACAACAUAACACUUAAAACUCAUUUUCUUUCAGAAAAUGCGAUCAAAAUAAUUCAGUUGAGGAAAUUUUGCUUAGCUGUUACUUUUUGUCUUUGAAAAAGAACAGGUAAACUGAGUUUAGUAUUCAGAACAAAUUCUCAUUUGUUGAAAUAAAGUUUCACUAAGCUACCAUUAUAAUCAUAUUUAAAUUACUUUCUGUGUUCGCAGUGAUUGUAUUUCUUAAAUUAUAGA